AUGGGGUCAGAAGGGACGGUUCUGUUUCUCCUCCUGUUUUCGUGUCACGUGCUCUGCGAGCAUCAAGAAGAGGCAUCGCCAUCUGUACACGAAGCUCACAGAAAAGUGGAUUUGCCAAACGGGAGUGUAAGGUUGGGUGUCUUUGCCGUAGUUGAUGACAACAUUGGAAACCAGAGUGCCACUCUUGACGAUUACAUGUUCUAUGUGGCAGGGUUAGUGGGCGGGGUAAACAUCAAUCUGAUGCAGUUUACGAAACCCACCGUCAAGUUAGGCCUCCUUGGCGUUCACAAUUUGACCCAGGAGGAAAAAGAGCGAAUUACCACGGACGAAAAAGUUAACUUCAAUGCUACAUAUCAGGUGAUACAGGAAAUUAAAACUAAGGAACUACGAGCACGUGAAGCUGACAUUAUUUACGUGCUGACAAACACCACCAUCUUUUCAGGUCGGGCAGGUAAGAUGUACCCCUGA